UGUGUACCAAAUAUGGUUCUAAUCGGUUCAACCGCGGUUUCGCCGGGAAUGAGAGUACAGACGGACCGACAUAAUUGAGAUUUUGUUUGAUUCGGAUUUCUGGUGCUUCAGAACGUGUAUUUCCGUAAAAAAAGGCUACUUUUUUAGCCCUGUGUACCUACUUCGACGAAGACAGACAGACGGACAAUGUGCAUUAUUAAUAGCCUAAGCAUUGAAUUCUCGAUUAAAGUUCGCCAUGUCGUAAAUAUAUAAAUAACAAUUACGUUGUACUUUGCGAUCAAAUCAUAUUAUUUGCAUUUACGCAUUUAAUAAUAUUUACUUUUCCAUUUUUCCAUGAUUGCUUAAAAGUGGGCGGGAUUACGACAUGUUUGACGCCCGGAUUGGUGCAUCGAGUGAUACGCUAUAAUCGAUUAAAAAGUAUUUUAAAAAAGAAAGUAUAAAUUUACAAUUAAUUUAAUCGCAUUCUCUCGAAGAAAGGGCAAUAAUAAAUUAAAUGACACGAAAUAGCCAUAUUGUUUAUUUAAAUUUUAGGUUGGUAUUAGACAGGACGCGAUGGCGAAUUGCAUUAUGGGAAAGUAAUGUACGUCUAUGACAAGUAAAUUGGUGUGUCCUUUACUUGUUCAAAAUAAGUAAACAAUUACCAUCUUCAUGACAGAAGGUGUCUACAAUGUGUGAUCAAACACCGGUUGAAUACAAAGAUGGGGACAUAGUAUGGGUUAAAUUAGGCUCGUGUUGGUGGCCAGGCGAAGUGCAAGACAUAAAAAGUAUCGACGAGGAAAUCAUAGCUGUACCAAAGAAACCUAUUAUCGCCGCUGUCAAGUUCUUUGACGAAGAUUGCUAUGAGUUCAUUAAAAGUAUCGAUCGAAUCUAUCUGUACAAUUGCUCGAAGAAGAACGAGUUUAUUAGGAAGGGAUUGGAUUUGCAUAGAGCGAAACACGAGUACAUGAAAAAAUUUCCGACCGACGUCUCGAAAGCUGAAGAAAGAACAAAUGGCGAUCCGAAGAUUAUCGACGAUCCAAUUUUUGCGCCGGAAAAAAAAUCGAAUGUCGCCGCACUCAUUUUUGGUACACCUAAACAAAAGAAGUCUACAAAAAAGUCUCUCGGAAGUGGACAGAAAGCAUUAUCGACUAAAUCAACUCCAAGUUCAGCAAAAUCUUCGAAACAAACGAAAGUAAUCACACAUCCCCGAUUUCUCGGAUACGAUGACCACGAAGUGAGAAUUCUUGUUCAGUCAUCCGAACAAGUUGAUGUACCACAAGAAGAACCGGAGGAAAAAGUGAUGUACAAAUGUGCGGCGUGCGGUUUUUCGACGGAACGUGUAGAUGUCUCUAUUAUGCAUCACAAGUCUCACAUACAAGGAUUAUUCCCGGCGCCUGUAAGUUCGCCAAAGUUAAAAAAACGAACGCAGACCAAACGGCCGAGAAAGUCGAAAAUGACCAAAUCUAAAACGACGUCAAUUAUGGAAGAUUUACAGUUGAUAGAGCAAGGGUUGUUCUUCCACUCCGAGUCAAGCGAAGAUGAUAGUUUAGACGCAGAAAGUUCACCGAAACGCAAAAGGAAGAAGACUAAACGCAAACCUUCGAAAAAUACGUCAGCCGAAAAACGUGAAACUGUUAUCGAUAUACGCGGUGAUCUGCUGGCGGAGUGGGACGAAGAUGAUAGCGAAAAUGAGACAGAUACGCCACCUUUAAAUAUAUCACAGCCUGUUGAACCGAUAGAGCAGAAUGACGAGGUCAAAGAGGCGGGGGUGGUAAAAGAGAAGUCCUGUUUUGAUUUUAAUGACGAAGAUGAAGAUGAAAUAGUUAGUGCGUCGGGCGGAAGAAAAAUUCCCAGAGUUAUUCCACCUCCAGAUAGACCGAGAAGUAUUGAUUUGGAAAAUCCCAUAUCGUCGUUGGAGAAUGUCGGAGCGAGCAGUCCGCAAAAUGGUUUCAGUAUAGUCGAAGAAAGUCCAGUUGAGCAUACAAGUGGCAAUAUGGAGUUGUCCGUUGAUAGUACCUUGGAUCGGAAUGAGAUUUUGAAAAUAAUACAUCAAGUAGACGAAAGUAGCGAAGAACAGUUACCCGGGCGUUUAGACAAGGAGAGCGAAGAUUUGUUAGAGAAAGAUAAAAUGGAAGACUUGGAUCUCGCCUUUAAAGAUAUUCUUGAAGCGACUGUUGUACCGGAUUUACCCGAAAUACCACAUUCCUUAAAAUUCGAACAGAAUCCUUACGAGCCUAAAGUAACCAAACUUCCGGAAAAAUCUCCCGUAUCCGAAGUGAAAUCGACCGAUGCGGAGAUGGCUGCGCGGUUAAUCAACCCGAAAAAGCGCUUUGUCAAAAGUUUCGAAGAUUUCGAACAACAGAUACAUAACGAACAAAAGAAACUGCAAUUAGAGCAGGCUGUGGCCGCCAUCAAGGAAAAAAAUGAGGAAGUCAAAGAGUUGGGUAAACUAGAAGCGACUGUGGAAGUAGCCAAGCUGAAAACGCAGCUGAAAAAUAAGCUAGAUAAUGCGGACUAUGUCGAGGAGAGUAAGCCGAAACGUCCGCGACUGUUGCGGGAUCGCAUUUUGUCGAGUCAUAGAGAAGAACUCGAGGAUUUGCACAAAGAAGUUCCCAAAGAAUUUGAUUUAAUCGAUACCCACACUACUACUAGCGAUUAUAGUUCGGUUAUUUCACUACCGCGUGCUACAAGUACUGUACCCGAUGAUUUGUUAGAGUCAUCGUACACAAUCACAAGUGAUGACAAAGAGAGUCCCCCAACGGAAUUAUCUGUUACUAAUGAAGAAGAUAGUCUGAAAGAACCUAUAAUUGAAGAUGAGCAUACCAGACCGAGAAGACUGUCGAUAAAAAUGUCCGAAAUUAACGAGACUCCUUUUGAACUCAAAGAAACGACUCAACUACUCGAAGUUGAAACUGAAGAAACGUUACAUUUAAAACCGACUCAAGUAUUUGACAUCAGUAAAGAAUCUGUUAACAUAUCAGAGGUGGAGCCUCUUAUUGAAACUGAAACCGUAAAUAGCAGGAGUGCAGAAGUUGAAAGUUUAGAGGUUGAUGCUGUGCAUAGAUCCGAAGUAACGGAGAAGUCGCACGAGGUUGAUGAAGUCGAAGCAUUAGGGGCGGAAACUAAAGAAUCUGAUCAUCCGGAAGAAAUGGAAGAACCAAAAGUAUCUGAAGCGGAGAUUAAAAUAUCGGAAGUAAUUGAAGAAGGUAAAACAAUUGAAGAGAUUGAGGUCGAAGAAGUUAGCCAUAAUGUGGAGGAGUCAAUUACGACUGAUAUUGUGACUUCGGAGGAGAUCGAAGAGCAACCUCUUCUUCAGGAAUCUGUGAUAGUUGACGAUGUGCCUUCUUUGGCAGGUGAUGUUUUUGAUAACGGCCAACACACGGUCGAGGAUUUGUCCGCGUUAACGACUUUGGCGGCCGUUUCCGAACUAUCAACCAAUCUAACUGUAUCGACGGCUCUUAAUGAGAAAUCGAAAAUUAUCGAGGACAAUUUGACAUCGAUCGAUAAAGGUAAUCUCAAUUUUGUUACGAUGGACGAUUUAGCCGAAGGACAAGUGGAAAUUUCGGACGUUUGCGUUUCUAAGGUAAAAUCGAGUCCGAUGAAUUUGAUGAACUUCUCCGUCGAUUUCGGUGAUUCGAGUAGUCCGGUGUCUAGCGGAAAGGUGGCGUCUCCCGCUUCGAAUGUGAGCGAGGAGGAGAUUCAUCAGCCGGAUUCGAUAGAGAUGUCGUUGGGUAAGGUGUUUGAAGGCGAGAGUGAGGUGUCGAAAAGCGACUCGCAAGGCGGCGAAUUGAAGGAAAAGGGCGAAGAGCAGACGUGCAGCUCCGUAGUUUCGAGCAAUUCUAAACCAUUUUUAAAGAAACCAAGAAAAAGUGUGUCCGAGAAGUUUAAACCGCCCGAAUAUUCUAGUUCUUCGAAGUUAUUGGAGAUCUUGACGGAUUCGAAACCGAAAUCUUUGCAUUCGGAUGUCGGUGAGCAAUUGCCGAAAACUGUCGCGGCACUAUGUGUGGAAUCUCCUUCGAGUACGCUUUUGUCGAAGUGCAAAAGUGAAAAAUUUUAUUCUACAAAAGAAUCUGUUCCUUUCACCAAGCAUUUGCUCAAGGGCAAAGAGAUCCCGAAAGAAAUUAAUGUAAGUCAAGUCAUGGCCAAACCGAAGGACGAGAAAUAUAGCAUAUCCAAGGACAAUUUGAGUAUCGCUAAAAAUGUUAAGUACGACAGCAAGAAUUCUAAAUUCAUUUUAAAGCCGACAGCGAGCAUUAAGUCGUAUUCGUCUAAUAAAAGCUGUAAGCCCGUUAUACUUUCCGAAAAAAUAAUUAAAAGAAUGCCCGAAACACAAGAGGGGGUCUCUGUGCGGAAAGUAACGUCAAAUAAUGCUCAGGAUUUUGAAGAUAUUGACGCGUACAUUAUUCAGAAACCUUUGAAAAAGGUUAUUCCAAAGGAAGAGGAGGAGGUUACCGAUCCACCGGCGACUAAGAAAGCGGUACCUACCAAAGGAAAGGCCAAAAUAUUGCAACAAACCAUCAUCAAACCUGCAACUGCCGAAUUGACCCAACAGUCUCAAGAUGAUGCCAUGUUUGAUAUCAAUUCGAUGCCCAUCGUCUUGGGGGAUCAAAUUCUCACGACCGACGGUAUUGAAAAAAUGCCCGUCGUUAUAUCCGAAGAGCAACAAGCUCCAAAAACUACGGAACAGCACGUGUUAAUAUCAAACAAGGCGGUGACACCUCAGCCUCUUAUUCUUAAGACUUACUCUUCGCAGAAAGUUGGUAAAUCGCGCAUCUACCAGCCCACGCCGACUACUACAACAAAAUUAAUAAAGUCGAGUCCGACGAUUAUAUCCAGACCCGGGAAGCAAGAUAAGUAUAUCAUCCUGCCGGGUACCACUACUUCGGCCACUUCUAAGUAUGCCGUAGCUAAGAGGCCCGGGGCUACAAAAAGGAUGACCCCGGUCAUACUACCGACUCCAAGUGUCGCGUCGAAGUUACAAGCUACAACUGAACCUUCCGGUAAUAAAAUUAUGAUCGUGACAAAUCAACAGGGGCAACAAUCUCGCGUUUUACUAACUCCCGCGCAACAAAAAAUUUUCGGGUAUCCUAACACAAGUUCGAAAUUAGUAAAAAGUACAAUCAAAGGUAACAUUCUGCAGAAGACCGGCGCAAGGACGUCGUCUCCCAUAACUAAAAUACAACCGCACGGUGGCGGUGAGAUCACAACUGCGUCUCAAACGAUAAUGAGUACUGAGCCGGUGUUGGUUUCUGUUAAAAGUUCCCCCCUGAGACCAAUUAAAUCCGAUCUUUCUAAAAAUCGCAAGUUUCAAGUGCAACAUCAAAAGGUUCCUCUUCAGGAAGGGCUGAGCACGUUUAAAAAUAGUACACUACCCAGCCAGCAGAAGAUGAUCAUUAUUAAAAAUCAACAAGGUCAGAUCGUGAAAAGAUUUCAAGGCACCGACGAUGCAUUGUUAGAGCAACAGGUUGCGGAGCAAGUGCAAGCGAUAAAAGCGAACAGCGGUAGUUUUAGUCCGAUGAAUUUGACCACCAAGGUAAAGCCGCCGGUAAAACGUACAUACAUUAAAAAACCGGAAGCUCAAAAAAGUACGAAGGUAGCUACUAAAAUUGUAAAAAGCGAAAGCGUUCCACCCCUCGCGCCUAUAUCACCAAAGAGGACGGAUACACUUUUGCUACCGCAAACUGUCGUGAAAGGUGAUGCCCCCUCACAAAAACCUGAAGCCGUCCAGCAAAAACCCCUGAAUCAAUUGAUCAUUCAGGACGCCCUUGGUAAUCAAACGACCAUCAUGGAAGGGCAAAUACUGGCGCUUCCAAGUGGAGAAACGGUCGAUGGCCAGCCUCAGUCGUAUAUGCUCGUCACUCUUGACGAAUCGGGAAAUUUGGCACCUUUAAACAAUGAAGCUUUGUUGUCUUUAGAUCCUAAUUUAACGCUAGGAGGCGAUUUAAGCAAUAUGGUUCUGCAAUUAGACGAUGGAGCUGCGAAAAAGAGUCUAACGAAACUGGAACCGUCGCCUGCGCUCAGUGAAGCGUCGAAAUCCGUCGAAACACCCGAAUUACCAAAGACAGAGGCCUUGAUUGAGGCGGUAGCGACACCAAAAUUGGAGACUGAACCGUUACCUUCCGUCGAUCCGCAACCAAACGUGCAAACGGUCACGUGCAGCAUCAAUAACGACCCCAAUCAGCAACUUAUAAUAACGGGCGAUCCGAUUAGCACUCAGAAGUUCAUCGAAUCGCUAACAGAGGGCAACGCCGACCUAGCGAAUCUUUUGGCGAGCGCCGAAGGCAACAUUUUAAUUCAAACCGACGAACAACAGAUACUCAUAAACACCGACUCUGAGAAUCAAGUCCUGCUACCGCUCGGUUCGGAAAGACUCGACGCUCCCGAGAGCGACUCGAACCCGAUUUUCGCCACUCAGCCCGUAAAAAAUCAAGACAUUCUGGCAGCGGCGUUGGCCGAUACCGACGUAUUCCAACAAGAACAAACCGUAUCUCCGAUACACAAUAAGCUCGGACCGUCGCAACUGAGUCCGAACAGUGGGUUAUACCCAACCGGUGUCGCUAACGUUCUGGAAACCACCCUCAGUCUCAGUUCCCCGAUAAUGACACCGUUAGAAGUUCCUAGCACUAACAAUAAAAAGAUUCCCGACGAAGAAAUGGACAUUCUUACUACGGAAGUACCGAAAAAUGUAGAUCUACCGAUUACUAUUACGGAUCCGAACAUUUCGCAGACCGUCGCACAACAGCAGGUCGUUUCGCUGAUGACGAACGAGCUGGGGGCUAAUUUGGAAUUACCCCUACCGCUUGCCGACCAAGUGGUUGUACCCGCAACCGAAAUGCACAGUCCCUCGUACGGUUUUCCUCUAUCGUCGUUAGAAGACUCGGUAACGGGCGUGGACGUACAAAAAUCGUUCAGCGGACCGAUUUCCAUGCCGCUUUUAACGGAAGACGACCCUCAAGAAUCAAGUGUGUCCGAGGUCACUAUCGAGUGUAGCGAAAUAAGCGAAGAAAUCGACAAGGAGGACAUGAUGGAAGAUGACUGCUUGAAGAAGAAAAUUAAACGGACAUCGUUAUUAGAAAGUACGGAUAGUAUUAUAAAGGACGACGCGAAAUCUCUUACGGCGAGAAGCUUUUUGGGAACGCCUAUGACGUCAGAGGAAGGGUUAUGUACUUUGGGAGGAGCCAUGUGCAGUUCGCUCAGCGAGCCGCCGCCGGACAUGUUUGAUUUGUCCAUAGUUAGUUCGCACUUUGUAACCGGCACCGAUAUCAAAACUCCCGAGAGAACGGAAUUGAUCGAGAUUCCGAAAUCGACAACGCCAGAAGUGAAUGAAAACAGUCAAGAAUUCGAAAGUUACGAAGAAAAUAAAAUCGACAAUGACGCGCCUCUAAGAUCCCCCGUCGAUUCACCCGCAGUUCAUAUUGACGAAAAUUCUUGCGAGAUACCGGUGCAACCGCAAAUUGUUACCGAUCUAACGUCAUCGACAUUCGACAGUAUGGAUACCUCAAAUUUUGAAUCGACAAAAAGAACAGAGGACGAUGAAAGUAAUGACCGUAAGGAGUUUGACUGAAUUUAUAUUAAUUAUUGAAUUGUAUAUAACUGUAUAGUCAAAAUUUGCAAGAAAAGUGAACAUUACUCUCAUCACUUGACGAUGUUGUGUACAUAGCGUUUUUACAUACCUACGUAUGUAUAUAAUUUUAAAACGAUUUACUUUCUAUUAUUGGUUAUUUUGUAAUUUGUCAUAUAUCAUUGCUUUAAAACAUUUUUUAGACUACUAUUCGGCACGAAAUCGGAUUUUCGAAAAUCUGAUUGUCAAGUGUACAAUUUUAGAAUAGUGAAAUAGAACUGUGUAUUUUGUGUGAAGAAGUGUUUGGUAUCGGUAUAAAUGAACAAUAAAUUAGAUAUACAUAGUUAAGUUUAAAAUUGUCUAUUAUUAUAGGAAUUAUUAUAGUUUCAAUUCGUA